UCUUUUUUCUCUCUCUCUCUCACGCGAUCGAUCGAUCUCUUGGUGCGAUCGAGAUCGCCGGAAUUAGGGUUCGUUCAUCGUCGAUUAGAGUUCCGUCAAAGAUGUUUGGCCGGGCGCCGAAGAAGAGCGACAGCACGAGGUACUAUGAGAUCCUUGGAGUCUCUAAGAAUGCUUCGCAAGAUGAUCUCAAAAAGGCUUAUCGUAAGGCGGCCAUCAAGAACCAUCCCGAUAAGGGCGGUGAUCCAGAGAAGUUCAAGGAGUUAGCGCAGGCUUAUGAGGUUCUUAGUGACCCUGAAAAGCGUGAGAUCUAUGAUCAAUAUGGAGAGGAUGCUCUCAAGGAAGGAAUGGGUGGCGGUGGCGGCCAUGAUCCAUUUGACAUCUUCCAGUCCUUCUUUGGUGGCAGUCCUUUUGGAGGAGGUGGGAGCAGCCGAGGGCGCAGGCAGAGGAGAGGGGAUGAUGUUAUUCACCCCUUGAAGGUUUCAUUGGAGGACCUCUAUAAUGGGACCUCAAAAAAGCUCUCCCUUUCUCGCAAUGUCUUAUGCUCCAAGUGCAAGGGGAAGGGAUCAAAGUCAGGUGCUUCAAUGAAAUGCUCUGGGUGCCAAGGGUCUGGCAUGAAGGUGUCUAUUCGCCAGCUUGGUCCUUCCAUGAUCCAACAGAUGCAACAUCCUUGCAAUGAGUGCAAAGGGACUGGUGAGACCAUCAAUGACAAGGACCGGUGCCCUCAGUGCAAGGGAGAGAAAGUUGUGCAAGAGAAGAAAGUGCUGGAGGUGGUUGUUGAGAAGGGGAUGCGGAAUGGGCAAAAGAUUACCUUCCCCGGAGAGGCUGAUGAAGCGCCUGAUUGCAUUACAGGUGACAUUGUGUUUGUCCUCCAACAAAAGGAUCAUCCCAAGUUCAAGAGAAAGGACGAUGAUCUCUUUGUUGAGCACACACUAUCUCUCACUGAGGCUCUCUGUGGCUUCCAGUUUGUGCUCACUCAUUUGGACAACAGGCAGCUACUAAUCAAAUCCAACCCUGGUGAAGUUGUCAAGCCUGAUCAAUUUAAGGCAAUAAACGACGAAGGCAUGCCCAUGUACCAGAGACCCUUCAUGAGGGGGAAGCUCUACAUCCACUUCACAGUUGACUUCCCCGAGUCCCUCGCACUGGACCAGUGCAAGGCUAUCGAGAAGGUGCUGCCGCCGAGAUCAUCUCCCCAGCUGACAGACAUGGAGAUCGAUGAGUGUGAGGAGACCACACUGCAUGAUGUGAACAUCGAGGAGGAGAUGCGCCGGAAGCAAACACAAGCUCAGGAAGCAUAUGACGAGGAUGACGAUCCCCAUGGCGGUGGCCCACAAAGGGUUCAGUGUGCCCAGCAGUGAGAGAGAAGCUAGGGUUUGUAUGUCAACAUUCUUUGGAGGGAUAUCAACAUGUUUGAUAGCAAUUAGCAACUCUCUUCUGCUUGCUGGCAUUGUGUUUGCCCUUUUGGCCUCAGGCUAUAUAUCGGUGUUAUCCAAGCACGCAUUGAACUGCUUUUAUUAUUCGUAUGUUUUGUAGCCAAGAUUAUAUGUCCUCCUUGCUUCUGGUUUCUUUCUUAUUCCAUAAAUUCAGACAAUGUUUAGGCUUUUUAACUGCCAUAAGGUUUUAUUACUUCCUGAAUCUGCUAAUUUUAUUUUCAA